GAUUUAGAAACCAUUAACAUACGGUCAUGCGUUCUUAACCAAUCAAAGAGCACGUAAUUAAUCAUMAAAUGAUCACUUCUCUAGUAGCAGAUCAUCUUACUUUCUACAUCCUCGCGUUCUUGGUGUAAAUCAAUGCCAGAGMUGCAAAUAUGAACCUUGCCACUUCAGUGUUGCUUGUUUUUYUGGGUGUACUAAUUGCCUUGGAAAACGCUGUUGUUUGCUUGCUUGUUUUGCGGUAUAAAUGUCUGCGGAGCUUCACUAAUGGCUUYAUCGCAUCAUUAGCUGUUGCAGAUUUCUUGUACGGUGCUUUAAUCAUCCCUUUGCAURUACUAAACCCUUCGUCUGUGGUWAACAGCUACAUACUAGCAGUUGURCUACUAGCCAACAUUACUACAUUGAUGGGAGUCACUUUAGAUCGAUAUCUGGUGGUGUUGUACCCUUUAAAGUAUCAACCUUUCAUGGAGAAACAUUUUUAUAAGCUAUUGAUAGCAUCUUGGAUCAUACCAAUUAUGAUAUCUCUGAUUCCGUUAUUCUACUCGUCUGAUWUCAAACAUGGSAGCCAUGARGUGUACAUCUAUUGUAUGGUYGUYCUUGGAGUCGURGUUCCAUAUAUGUUGAUUUUAYURGCGUACUUCARAAUAUUUCAGCGUGUUUCACAACAUGUUAAAAACCUUGCAAGACAAAACGAAGACAAUACCGAAGCCAAGAAAGAAGGGAAGAGGAUGACAGCCGAAGCUUAUGUAGCAAGAAUUUUCGUUAUUAUCGCUAUUAUUUUCCUUGUUAGUUGGAUGCCGAUUGUAUAUAUGACUAUAGCGAGUAACGUAGGAAGAUCAGACUUAAUCCCUUAUGAAUUGAUGAUUGUUUCAUGGUUUACAUUAACAUUGGGAUCCCUGAUUAACGCCCCGAUUUACGCUUUCGCGAAAAAAGACUUUAAUGCUAUCAUUAAAAAGAUAAUCUGCUUAAAGCAGAGGCGCGAAUCACCRAGACAUGAUGAACAAGAUUUGAACACUGGACAGUUAAUGAUCACCGCACAACAAGACAGCGCUUGAUGUGGCAAAAGAACGAAAAAACUUCUAAUUAUGACCGCAAGCUGACUGCCAGAAAAACAAUACUUCAAAUACUCUCCGCUCAAUGACUGUUGCCAGGGMACCACCAGACAACUGCCUGUCGGAGUUAGAAAUCGCACUUGAAGUCAACUUGUUUGCGUCGUACACAGUCUUAUAUAACUCACGUAUUCACUAGAACUGACUGCAUGAAAUAGUGAAAUCAUAUAUGAAUAAAAUGAACAAAUACGAAACGUC